AAGAAGACGCGUGUACAUAGACUGUCUACAUGACAAACAAAAAGUCAGUUUGGACCAAAACAAGUUCCAAAUCAAUUUUUUGACGAUAGCCAACAUCCCCGCGGUCCUUAUGCGACGCACGGCAUGGCAGAGAGACAGGACACUGAGGUGGAGGAUGCCGAGCAUAUCUACCUGCUGAUGAAAGAGGAGUAUCGCAUCUCCAGGAAUGUGCGUCUGGCCUGGUUUCUAGGGAAACUCAACCAAACCAUCUGGCCGGCAUCUAAACUGGAUCUGCUCAACUCUACCAAUGAGCUGGACUUGCUGAGCGUUUUACCCAAAGGAUGGCAGCGGGACCCGCCGCCGCUCCCCCGCCCCAAUGCCGCCCAGCCCGCCCUGUUGGUGCCAUCCACUCGUGCCACUUUCCUGGCACGCAGGUAUCGCUUCAUCAUCGAGCUGGAUCUCAGCCCGUCCACGGGCAUCGUGGAUGACAGCACGGGAGAGAUGAUUUUCGAUGAGGUUUUCCAUGCCUUGUCCAGAUGUCUGGCCGGUCUCGCUCAACCCUUUACGGUCCCGGGAACGGAGCAGCUCUUUACCCCAAAGAUCUUCACCACCAUCCUGGUCUACUCCUCCAUUUUCGGCCUCACGUCCCAUCAGGUCCUGGUACAGGGAUGUCAACUGGAGCGAACAGACCUGGGCCACUUCCUGCAUCACAUCUACCAGCAGCUCAAAGCGGUGGAAAGCAACAUCGCCCAUGUGCUCAAUCAGACUCGCCCGCCAUUUGCUUUCAGUUCAAACGAAUGA